GCAAUUAACACUUAUCACUUUACCUGGACAAAAUGGCUUCUAAUAUUCUCUCUUUGAAUUGCAUAAAAAUGUAUCCACAAUCCAAUUCCAAUCUCAUAAAUAUACAGAGAGGAAGCAUCAUCACCACUCAUGCUUCAAAAUCAAGUGGUUUUCCUCUGAACUCUAUAUUCAAGAAAUGUGAAACCUGCAAAGGCCAAGGUGCCAUAGACUGUGCUGGAUGCAAGGGGACCGGCAAGAAUAAGAAGAAUGGGAACAUAUUCGAACGUUGGAAAUGUUAUGAUUGCCAAGGUUUUGGAUUAAGGAGUUGCCCAAGCUGCGGUAAGGGAGGCUUGACACCCGAACAAAGAGGAGAGCGUUGAUCAUUUACAUCUAGCUUCUGAGAUUAUUUUUUCUUUUGAAUUUAUAUAUGUUUCAUGUUGAGAGUAAUAUAUUAAUAUUAGCCAUCA